GAGCUCCUUUCAAGGAGCUGCGGAACAAAUUGUUAAGCUCGGGUCCGAUCAUGUCCGCAUAUUAAACCCUCAAUCAAUCUCCCAGAUCCUUGUUAAAGCCUAGGGUUUCCUCAGUUUCUCCGCCUUCGAGCCAUGGGGACACCAGAGACCUCGCGUGAGCCGUGUCCUGACCGAAUCCUUGACGACAUAGGCGGCGCCUUUGGUAUGGGCGCCGUCGGCGGCUCCGCCUUCCACCUCAUAAAAGGCAUCUACAACUCCCCCAACGGCGAGCGCCUCGCCGGAGGCGUGCAGGCCGUCCGCAUGAACGCUCCCCGAGUCGGCGGAAGCUUUGCUGUCUGGGGAGGCCUGUUCUCAGCCUUUGAUUGCACCAUGGUUUAUGUCCGUCAGAAAGAGGAUCCGUGGAACUCUAUCAUCGCUGGAGCUGCUACCGGUGGCUUUCUAUCUAUGCGUCAGGGUCCCGCCUCCGCGGGCUCCGCGGGAAGAGCAGCGAUUUUUGGUGGGAUCCUUCUUGCGCUCAUUGAGGGUGCAGGUAUCAUGCUCAACAGAGUUCUCAGCACGCCGCAGAACCUCCCUCCUAUGGAUGAUCCCAAUCUCGUGGCAAUGAUGGCUGCUGGUGGAGGAAACGGAGUCCCGCCCGGUUUCCUGCCACCGGGGGUUGGGCCGUCAACUAUGCCACCUGCUGUGACGGCAAAUGAUGCCGGUGCUUCUUCUUCAUCUUCCUCUUCUUGGUUUGGUGGUUUAUUUGGCGGUGGAAAGAAGCAGGAUGAAGCAAAGAACAGAGGAAUUGGAGCAAAAACUGAAGUAUUGGAGAGUUUUGAUUCGCCAAGUACACCUAUCCCAACAUUUGAGUAUAAGUAGAGCUGAAGCGGACGAUGGAUUAAGGGACUUAGGGUGCUGGAAGAAAAUUAUUUGCAGGCUAUGUAACAAGGUCUUCUCAGUCUACGGGAAGUUAAAUGUUGUUGCAGGCUAAAUAUCGCAAGGCUAUACAACAGAAAGCAGCACAUUCCUGUACUAAAAAAGAACUCAUCUAUGUUAGUGUAAUCUUACUACUUUUACUCAACUUAUUUUUUCUGCAAUUUUAUAAUUAUUAUUUGAAUGUUUUGGUUGGAUCCGUAAAAUAUAGCUUAUAAAUUCAAUCUGGGGUCUUUGAUGGUCACCCCCACGAACAUUA